AUGAGGUCGCUACUUCUUGCCGCUGCUACUGUAGCGAGCUUUGCUUCUACCAAUGCUCAUUACGUUCUCCCCGAAGUAUUUCACAACGACGUCGACUACGGCCACUGGGAAUACGUUCGCCAUCACGGAGAUUCCAAAUACGUCUACAACAGCUGGGGCGACAACUUCGAAGCAUUGUACAUCGACAAACCAGAAGACGCACUUAAAAUCGACAAUCGCUGCGGUUUCAACGCUACCUUUGCGAAUAAAACACUCGCUGUGAAAGCCGGCGACACUUUCGGGUUCUAUGUCAAUGAUAAAGCUUAUGCGAGCUCUCAAUAUCAGAAGGGCCUGUAUCAUCCGGGACCGCUUACCGCAUAUAUGGGCAGAGUUCCGGAGGGGAAGACGGCGAUGGAUUGGGAAGGUGAUGGACAGCACUGGUUCAAAAUCUACGAAGACUUCCCCACGAAAGACGCAACUAAUUUCCCGACCUGGCCAAAUUUCGAGGUUCAAAAGAUUCCUUUCGUCAUCCCGAAAAAUGUCCCGGAUGGAGAAUACCUCUUCCGAAUUGAGCAUAUGAAUGUGAACAGUAUGCAACCAUUACCCUAUAACUCGGCGGCGCAGAUGUAUAUUUCUUGUGCUCAGAUUUCUGUUUCCGGCGGCGGAACAGGAAAUCCUGGACCGCUGACUAGUAUGCCUGGGGCGUACGAGUAUGAUGAUCCGAUUUUGCAUCAGUGGUUUUAUGAAUAUGAGACGAAGACUGAUAUGGCUUGGGAUAAACGAAAUUUGGGACCGGCGGUGUGGAACGGGUCUUAG